AUGGUGUUUGAGAAGGAAGCUAGCUCCUCGUCUUAUACCCUUGAAAUCCCACCGGCGAGAGAGGACACGCCGCUUCUCGGGAAGGGACCUCCGCUGUCGAGCCAGUUCAAGACCUUCGCCAACGUCUUCAUUGCAGUCGUGGGCGCUGGGGUUCUAGGCCUUCCUUACGCCUUCAAGCGCACCGGAUGGCUCAUGGGUGUCCUCCUCCUCGUCUCCGUCUCCGUGUUGACCCAUCACUGCAUGAUGCUUCUCGUUCACACCCGCCGCAAGCUCGACUCUUUGAAUGGCGGCUUCUCUAAGAUCGGCUCUUUUGGGGAUCUCGGAUUCGCCGUCUGCGGCUCCCUCGGGAGAGUCGUCGUCGACGUAUUCAUCAUUUUGUCUCAAGCUGGGUUCUGCGUCGGAUAUCUCAUCUUCAUCGGCACUACUUUAGCUAGUCUCUUCGACCCUGAAUCGCCGACCAGCCUGAGGCAUCAGAUGACAAGGCUGGGUUCCGAAUUCUUGGGAGUCUCCACAAAGAGUCUCUACAUAUGGGGAUGCUUUCCCUUUCAGCUGGGGUUGAAUUCCAUCAAGACGCUCACUCACUUGGCUCCUCUCAGCAUCUUCGCCGACGUUGUCGAUCUUGCCGCCAUGGCUGUGGUGAUUGUACAGGAUUCCAUGAUUAUAGUGAAGCAGAGGCCUGACGUGGUUGCCUUUGGCGGUAUGUCACUCUUCUUCUACGGGAUGGGCGUGGCUGUUUAUUCCUUCGAAGGCGUUGGAAUGGUCUUGCCGCUCGAGUCGGAGAUGAAGGACAAGGACAAGUUCGGCAAAGUGCUGGCACUGGGCAUGGGAUUCAUCUCUGUGAUAUACAUAGCAUUUGGGUUCUUAGGAUACUUGGCAUUUGGGGAAGACACCAUGGACAUAAUCACGGGGAACUUGGGGGCAGGGCUGAUCAGCAGUAUUGUACAGCUUGGGCUAUGCGUCAACCUCUUCUUCACCUUCCCCUUGAUGAUGAAUCCAGUGUUUGAGAUUGUGGAGAGGCGUUUCUCGCGUGGGGUCUACUCUGCGUGGCUCAGAUGGCUGCUCGUCUUGGCAGUCACGCUGGUGGCUCUCUUUGUGCCCAACUUCACCGAUUUUUUGUCCCUGGUGGGGAGCAGCACUUGCUGUGUUCUAGGGUUUGUGUUGCCUGCUUUGUUUCAUUUGCUGGUCUUCAAGGAAGACAUGGGGUGGAGACAAUGGAGCAUGGACGCAGCGAUCGUGGGACUGGGCGUGGUUCUUGCUGUCUCGGGAACUUGGAGUUCCCUCAGUGAGAUCUUCUCGGUCAAAGUCUAA